AUGCUUCAAAAGUGGACAAUGACCACUACAGUACCUGAAAAGUCAAUGUUAAAUCGAAACUCGUUUAAAGACGCUUGCAUCCGAGCGUCCGUAAUCGCACACAACGAACAUGUGAACAAAGGAAAGGAAGCGGCAAGCCGCUUUCAACAACGAAUUCACUGCCCGACACGCUUAGAACGCAAUACUUCUUCGCUGAUGACAAGUUCGCAAGACUCAAAGCCAUGUGUGAUGUCGGAUGACGGUUGCGGCAUAUGUCCGAAUAGCUAUCAAUAUUACAAUGACGGGAAAUCGAUGACAACGAUAAAAAAAAGCUUCGAACGGAUCGAUAUCGGCGGCGUCGAGGACCUUGCCAAUAACGCACAAUGA